AUGACAAAAAGAGACCUGCUUCAUGAGGAUGAUGGAACCGAAUAUUCCUCUCAAUAUGGAAGCAAUCCUGACGUUGUUAAAGUAUAUGCCGACUUUGACGAAAUGAAAUUGAAAGAAGACCUUCUCCGAGGGAUCUACGCUUAUGGCUUUGACAAACCCUCGGCAAUACAGCAAAGAGCGAUUGUGCCGAUCAUUCGAGGCCGUGAUAUUAUUACACAAGCUCAGUCUGGAACAGGAAAGACAGGAAUGUUUUCUAUUGGGAUUCUGCAAGCUUUAGAUACAAACCUUCGAGAGACACAGGCAUUGGUCCUUUCGCCGACCCGAGAAUUGGCUGUUCAAACGCAAAAUGUUUUGCUUGCUCUCGGAGAUUUUCUGAACGUUCAGGUGCACAUUUGCAUUGGGGGCACCAAUGUUGGGGAAGAUAUUCGAAAACUCGAUCAUGGCCAACAUGUUGUUUCUGGAACGCCAGGCCGUGUUUUUGAUAUGAUUCAACGCAAGAAUCUUCGUACUCGAGCGGUAAAAAUGCUUGUCCUCGAUGAGGCCGAUGAACUUUUACGAAGAGGAUUCAAAGAGCAAAUUUACGAUAUCUACCGCUACCUUCCUCCACAAACCCAAAUUGUGGUGGUCUCAGCUACGCUGCCUAUGGAUGUUCUUGAUAUGACAUCAAAAUUUAUGACAGAUCCCGUCAAGAUCCUAGUGAAGCGCGACGAGUUGACGCUUGAAGGAAUCAAACAAUUUUUCGUGGCAGUCGAAAAAGAGGAAUGGAAGUUCGAUACGCUGUGCGAUCUUUAUGACACGCUUACCAUAACCCAGGCCGUCAUCUUUUGUAACACGAAAGCAAAGGUAGAUUGGCUUACGGAAAAAAUGCGUGCAGCAUCUUUUACGGUUUCCUCCAUGCACGGAGACAUGCCGCAACGAGAGCGUGAUGAGAUUAUGAAGGAAUUUCGAUCGGGCUCCACGCGCGUCCUUAUUACUACGGAUGUUUGGGCUCGUGGCAUAGAUGUACAGCAAGUCUCGCUAGUCAUCAAUUAUGACCUACCCUCUGUUAGAGAAUCCUAUAUACAUCGUAUUGGCCGUUCCGGGCGGUUCGGAAGGAAAGGUGUAGCGAUCAAUUUUGUGAUCGCCGAUGAUGUUACCGUACUCAGAGACAUUGAACAAUACUAUUCAACGCAGAUUGAAGAAAUGCCCAUGAACGUCUCGGAUAUGAUGUGA